UCAUUCCCUCUCUCCCUCAUUCCCUCUCUCCCUCAUUCCCUCUCUCCCUCCUCUCCAGCACUGGUUGUACCAGAUCCGACUUAAAGAGCUACUCUUCUCUGUUGUUUAUUGACUGAGAUUUACCCCAAAUAACCCUGCAAAGGCCAAGAAAUGACUCCCUAAAGGAAGGUAUCCCAAAGUUUAAAGAUUGUCUCAUCUCAGCUCUAAGACCAGUGUGGGGAUCCGGACACAGAAUCAGGAUCUAUAGGUCCUCACAGGUGCUGGGAAUAUAGUGGUACCAGCAACAGCACUACCAGCAACUAUGACCAAGAGCAACGGGGAGAACCCGCAGACCCGAAGCCGAGUCAGACAGAUCCGCGAUGGCCUCCAGUCCCGUUCCCUGAAGGCUGUGCAGAGGGUGGAGAGUGUCACUAAGGAUGACGUCAAGGGUUUCUUCCGCAGAAACGCCUUUGUGAUCUUCACUGUCGCUGCGGUCAUCAUCGGUAUAGGGCUGGGAUUUGCACUGCGGCCGUACAAGAUGACCUACCGCGAGGUGAAGUAUUUCUCAUUUCCUGGAGAGCUGCUGAUGAGGAUGCUGCAGAUGCUGGUGCUUCCCUUGCUGGUGUCCAGUCUCAUCACAGGCAUUGCAGCAUUGGACAGCCGUGCCUCUGGGAAGAUGGGUAUGCGGGCAGUGGUGUACUACAUGACCACCACAGUCAUCGCAGUCUUCAUCGGCAUCGUCAUGGUGCUCAUCAUCCACCCUGGGAAGGGCUCCAAGGAUGAAUUCAAAAAUCAGCAGAAGAUCGAGCAGGUCAGCCCUGCUGACGCUUUCCUGGACCUCAUCAGAAACAUGUUCCCUCCAAACAUUGUGCAAGCUUGCACACAGCAGUUUAAAACGCAGUACGGAAAGAGAGUGGUCCAUGUGAAGAUGACGGUGAACGAUACCCUCUUCGUCUUGAACGGGACCCAGGGGCAGCAUAUCAUGCGGGAGGAGGUGAUCCCCAUCCCGGGGCAGGUGAACGGGGUCAAUGCCCUGGGUCUGGUCGUGUUCUCCAUAUGCUUCGGUCUCAUCAUUGGCAGCAUGAAGGAGCAGGGAAAGCCCCUCAAGGACUUCUUUGUCUGUCUCAACGAGGCUAUCAUGAGACUGGUGGCCAUUAUCAUGUGGUAUGCACCCGUUGGUAUCCUGUUUCUCAUCGCUGGGAAGAUAGUGGAGAUGGAUGACAUCACAGAAACGGGCGGCCAGUUGGGCAUGUACACAAUAACAGUCAUCAUUGGCCUGUCUAUCCAUGCCUUCCUGGUACUGCCCACACUCUACUUUGUGAUCACACGGAAGAAUCCCUUUGUCUUCAUCUGUGGACUCCUACAGGCUCUCAUCACCGCGUUGGGGACCUCAUCUAGCUCAGCCACGUUGCCCAUCACCUUUAAGUGUCUGGAGGAGAACAAUGGGAUAGAUAAGAGAGUGACACGCUUCGUGCUGCCAGUGGGCGCCACCAUCAACAUGGACGGCACCGCCUUGUACGAAGCUAUCGCGGCUCUCUUCAUAGCCCAGGUCAACAACAUGGACAUGAACUUUGGACAGAUCCUCACUAUAAGCAUCACUGCCACCGCAGCAAGUAUCGGUGCAGCUGGGAUACCACAGGCUGGACUGGUCACCAUGGUGAUUGUGCUGACCUCUGUUGGACUGCCCACUGAUGACAUCACCCUCAUCAUUGCAGUGGAUUGGCUCCUAGACAGGUUGCGUACCACCACUAACGUGCUGGGAGACUCGAUUGGCACAGGUAUUGUUGAGUAUCUGUCUCGUCAUGAGUUACAAUCCAAGGAUGCGGAGAUGGGGAACUCUGUGGUGGAGGAGAAAGACAAGAAAUCAUACCAGCUCAUCGCCCACGAGAACGAGCAUGAAAACGAGAAGCCUCCAGUCAGUGAGACCAAGAUGUAGCACCAACAGUUUGACCACUGUGGUGUUUUUAAUCCCAUGGUAAAGGGAAGCAACUCAUAUCAAUCUUCAAAACACUAAAAAAAAUGAUAGUGUUUGUUUAGACCAAGAAGCUGAACCAAGAGUAUGUACAGGAUGUAUUUUAUUUGAUCAGGAGUUCUGCAGCCGUUCGUGCUGAUUAGAUUUCAUUGAAUAACUUAUUGAUAUUGAUCUAAUCAAGAAGAUACAAUGGGGUCUGAAAUCAUUAACACCGUUGAUAAAAAUCUACAAAAAUGACCGUAUCAAAUAAAUAAUUAAAUUACUGAGUUAUAUUGUAUGCACAAAAAAAAGGACAGUUAUAUUAUUUUAUACUUAUAGAAUAGUGCGGAAAAAAAUAGAUUUUGUUUAACAAGUCAUGUAUUCUUUUUUCAAAAAGGUAAGGGUCAAAAUGAUUGACACCCCUGUUUUCAAUACCUUGUGAGGAUAACGACACUGAGCCUUUUGAUAAAAUAUUUUAUGAGUUGGAGAACACAUUGGGAGGGAUCUUGCGCUCAUGGACUGACAUGAAAAUGCCUGUGGUUUGAAUCAAAGAGGGCAGGCCAUAAGUGCAGAAUAAGGAUAUCAAGGAUCUGGAAAGAUUCUGUAUGGAGGAAUGGUCGAAGAUCCCAAUGUGUUCUCCAAUCUUAUAACACAUUUUUAGAAAAAGGCUCAGUGUCAUUAUUUUCGCAAGGGGAGGUAAAAUAUAUAGAUAUAUAUCACUUGUUAAACAAUAUCAUUUCUCUGAGCAAUUGUUUUAGUACAAAAUAAUAUAAUUUUAAAAAGAAAUGGAGCAUACAACAUAGCUCAGUAUUUUAAUUCUUUUAAACAGUAUUUUUUGCUCAUCUUUAACAGUGGUGGAUAAAGUACUCAAUUGUCAUACUUGAGUAAAAGUAAAGAUACCUUCGUAGAAAAUGACUCAAGUUAAAAGUGAGAGUCACCCAGUAAAAUACUACUUGAGUAAAAGUCUACAAGUAUUUGGUUUAUAAUAUACUUAAGUAUCGAAAGUAAAAGAAUUUGCUUAAAUAUAUUUAAGUAUCAAAAGUAAAAGUAUAGCUCGAAUCCCAGAGCUGACAAGGUACAAAUCUGUCGUUCUGCCCCUGAACAGGUAGUUAACCCACUGUUCCCAGGCCAUCAUUGAAAAUAAGAAUUUGUUCUUAACUGACUUGCCUAGUUAAAUAAAGGUAAAAUAAAUAAAAAAUAAACCAUUUCACUUUCCUUACAUUAAGAAAUCCAAACAGCACAAUUAUUUUUAUUUUAUUUUUAUUGACGGAUAGCCAGGGGCACACUAAGACGUAAUUUACAAACGAAGCGCUUGUGUUUAGUGAGUCCGCCAGAUCAGAGGCUUUAGGGAUGACCAGGGAUGUGCUCUUGAUAAGUGUGUGAAUUGGACCAUUUUCCUGUCAAAAUGUAACGAGUACUUUUGGGUGUCAGGGAAAUGUAUGGAGUAAAAAGUACAUUAUUUUCUUUAGCAAUGUAGUGAAGUAAAGGGAGGCAAAAAUAUAAAUAGUAAUGUACAGAUUCCCCCCCAAAACGACUUAAGUAGUACUUUCAAGUAUUUUUACUUAAGUACUUUACACCACUGAUCUUUAUGGGUGUCAACCAUUUCGGACCCUACUGUAAAUCAAUGGUUUUAAGUGCCUAGUAUGAAUUACAUACAUAAAAUGUUGAACUUCUGAAUUAGAUACCCAGCAAACAAUAAUGAGUCAUUAGGACAUCCCCAGGAUGUCACAAAAUGGUCGCCUAAAGUUGUCAGGACGUUGUGUCAUGGUCCCUCCUGGAGGUUUUUGUCUAGUUUCCUGUUCGUCCCCUAAAGGUCGCAAAGAAAUGUUUCAGUAGUUUCAUUACACAUCAUACCCUGAUCAGCAUAUCCUAAAUCCAGAGGUCAUGAGUUAGAAAUGAAGUUGGGGUCAUAUUGAAAAGUCAGUACGAAGUGAUCAUGUCAAAUGUAAUCAUUGAUUAUAGAUGUUUACACUGUUUUAGAUGUACAGCCUACCACUUACCUGAAAACCGUCAUAUCAUUAUAUUACUUAGAAUGGUUUAGGACACAUGGGACCAUCACGUGACAAAAACGUCCAGGGGACCAUGACACAACAUCCCAAGAAUGUUCAGGGGACCUUCAGGCUACCAUGACACAACGUCCUAAAAAUGUCCUCAGGACAAACUAGGAACUAUAAAAAGGUCCCCCAGAGAAUGUUCCCUUGGGACCAUCCCAAACCUUUAAGGAACCUAACUGGGAACAGAGCUGAUUGUCAUCAGGACAUCCCCUGUUUUCUGGGUAGGGAAUAACUAAGGGUCCCUGCCACUCUUCUAUAAGAUGCCUUUACCAUACCCUUUGAUGGUGUUUAAAGUUCAACAGUUUGACAGAGAUGAUUUAUUUUUGAUAAAUCAGAUGUGAAAUUAUGUGGUCUUUCAUUCUUGCUUUUGUCAUUUUUUUUUUUUUACGCCUGACAAACCAGAAUAGGUUGCCAAACCUUUUGCAUCAGAGCUUUUUAGAUUGAGGUUUUUGUUUGUAAAACUGCCAAAAUAUUAGUUUCAACUUGAGGUGGGAGUUGAACAGUAUGACAUUUUCACAUAAUUAUAAUCUUACCAAAAAUAUAAACAAUUUCUGUAUGUUACAA